GCAACCGCGCAAACUAUCGAAGUCUCCCAUAAAAAUCAAAAUGUUCUCGUGGUUACGGUGUGUGGCUGAAGGAAAACCAAGGAACUGGGAUAAGAAAAGAGAAAAAGGAAGAGAAAGGAUAGAGAACAGGAAGAGAGAGUGACAAAGAAGACGCCAAGGGGAGGAGAGAAGAAAGAAAUAAGAAAAAGAAGAGCCGAAGAUGGGUCUGUGCGCACGAGCGUUUCGUCUUUGUUUCGUCCUUGUCAAAAAAUACUGGAUUGUGGUGGCGUGGACGGCGGCGUGCAGCGUGGUUUUCUACGUGGACUACAUGCGCUAUAAGAAAGAACCGCAGUACUAUUACGUUCGCCGGAUGCUUGGGCUAGGUAUGUGCGUGUCUCGGGGUACGGCUGCCGUGCUCAACCUGUCGUGCUGUAUGCUAGUGCUGCCCAUGUGUCGUGCCCUCAUCACAACACUCUCUGUCUUGGCUGCCCCCGCCACCCACGCUGCCAAAUCCACGCACAUCAUGAUUGCUGUCACCAUCGUUAUUACGUCAGUGGCGCAUACGGGAGCCCACUUGGCCAACGCAAUAAAUUUCUCUCGACACUACAGUGCACAGUAUCCUGAAAUCAACGUAGCCAACUUCAGAGGGGAGGCUCCAUUCAGAUUGUUCGUUGCAACAGUCCCCGGCAUAACGGGCGUGGUGAUGGUCCUCGUCCUGGCCGCGCUCUGCCUCACCUCCAUGCGCUGGGUGCGGCGCCGCUCCUACGACGUCUUCUUCUACACGCACCGCCUUGGCUUCGUCUUCCUGGUGCUGCUGCUCGUCCAUCCGCUCAGGAACAGAAGAAUCUGCAUGGUCACUUUCCUGGAUGCCAGAUGUACAAAGAAACAUUUAGAAGUGGAGAUUGGCUACCCUGAACCCCAUGAGAUUGGCUACCCUGAACCCCAUGAGGUUGGCUACCCUGAACCCCAUGAGAUUGGCUACCCUGAACCCAGUGAGAUUGGCUACCCUGAACCCCAUGAGAUUGGCUACCCUGAACCCAGUGAGAUUGGCUACCCUGAACCCCAUGAAGAUCAUUACCCUGAGCUUCAUGAGGUUGGCUUCCCAGAGCCAGACGAAGCCAGCGACCCAGAACAGAAUGAAAUUGGCAACCCUGUGCCAUAUGAAAACCACCACAUCGCCCUAUAUGGAGUUGGCUUCCGAGGGCCACACGGAGUGAGUUAUCCGGAGUCAAAUGCGAUUAGCUUCAGUUCACAAGGAGUGGUCGGCUUCCCUGAGGCAGACGCGGUAGUUCAGCCAGGAUCGGAAGAGAUUGGUUACCCUGAGCCGAACAUUGACUACCCUGCAUCUGACGUUGGCUUUCCAGAACCCGACGUUGGCUACACUGGCUCGAAAGAGGACGAAGAUUCUCCAAAGCCCAGCGGCGGGAGUGGCGGGGCAGGCAAGUAUCACAGAGCGAGGAAAAAGCGGAGGAAAUGCCACAGACCGCCCGUCUUUGGGGCCAUUCAUUCCAAGACGUGGAUCUGGGUGGGCGUGGCUCUGCUGGUGUGGGCGGCAGACUGGCUCCAUCACCCUUGCGAUGUGGUGGAGCUCACCCUCAGGCAGCGGAGGUUUACGUGUCUGCCCGGCCAGUUUGUGAUGCUUCAGUGUCCACAAGUGUCCAAUUUUGAGUGGCAUCCCUUCACGGUGACAAAAACCCCUUCAGAGGACUCCCCCGGGACCUUUACAGUGUUCAUGAGGGCGCGGGGGGACUGGAGCAAACGUGUCGCCGCGCUGUUACCUUCGAAGUCUAGUCAAGUGGACGAUCCUAGUCAGAGACCUACUUACGGGCCCCAAGAGCUGUCUAGUCGGAAAGCACACGCAAAGCCAAAUUUAGUACAAGCUAACUACCUUUGCUCUAAAGGCGAUGACAAGAUGUUUUUCUCGCCUCAAAGCGUGCAGCCUUGUCUAUCUGCUCGUGCGGUAGACGAAUCCAAAGUUUACUCCUUUUUACAGGGGGAGAAUUUGAGCUUUAAUUUAUUAAGGGAGCACUGUACCUCGCAGCCGCCUGUUUGUGCAGACAUGCAGGAUAAUGAGGGGUCUUGUUCGCAGUCACCGUUAAUGAAGCAUUUUUCAUCAUCCCAGUCUUGCAUAAAAGUUCAUUCACAGUUCGAUCACCUUUCGCCAGUGUUGCCACAUGGGAAGUUAUCGCAAAGUAAUGUUGAUAGUCGUAUCGAUAAUAAUGAGUUAGAAAAUAUAUUUUUGAAUUCUAUUAAAAAAACGCCAAUGCACUUGGAUAAACAUGUACAGAAAAUACAAAAUGAAAACGAGGAUUCACAUCAUACCACAGAGCACCACACCGUCCUUAUGACUCCAGACACCUGUGUAAGGCUAUAUGUGGAUGGUCCUUUUAGUUCUCCAAGUGAAGAUAUGAUUCGGUAUCCGGUGGUAGUUGGUAUCGCUGGAGGAGUCGGCAUCACACCCUUGGCUGCUACACUUACUCAUAUACUACACCAUCCAGCCUCUUGGCCGAAGAGAGUGCACAUGAUCUGGGUCAUGAGAGAUGCUCGGCUCAUCUUGACCAUGGCUCAUUUGCUUUCGAGUCUGUUGCAUCAGUGUUGGCAGGACUGUACUGAAGAUCGACUUGAGUUUUGCCUCCACGUUACCACACCGAUUUCCCACGAGGAGCUGCAGGAAUUAUUUGGCAAUCAACAUCCCACCUUGAUCCCGAGAAUAAAACAGGGGCGACCUCAGUGGAAGAACCUGUUUCAUCAAUACAGCCAAGCUUAUAAAAAAACCAAAGUUGGCGUGUUUGCCUGCGGACCAAAAAAACUGUGCCAAGAAGUAAAGCGACGGUGUCUUCGGUCCGUAACACAAGGAGCUCCAUUCGCCUACCAUCAAGAAUCUUUCUCUUGAAUAAUAAAUAUAAUACUGUGCAUCCUA